GAGACGCGAGCCAGAGGCGCCCGCGCCAAGUUGGGCGACGCGCUCGCUGGGGCGGACCAUGCUGCGCGGCAAGUCCCGGCUCAACGUGGAGUGGCUGGGCUACUCGCCCGGCCUACUCCUCGAGCACAGGCCGCCCCCGGCCGGCCGCACGCUGCGGAGCCCCCGCCGAACUGAAAGUUCAUUAGCAUCUACCCUGAAGACGCUCCUGUUCUUCACAGCUUUAAUGAUCACUGUUCCUAUCGGGUUAUACUUCACUACCAAAUCAUACAUAUUUGAAGGUGCCCUUGGGAUGUCCAAUAGAGAUAGCUAUUUUUAUGCUGCUAUUGUCGCGGUGGUCGCGGUCCACGUGGUGCUGGCUCUGUUUGUAUACGUGGCCUGGAACGAAGGCUCACGACAGUGGCGCGAAGGCAAGCAGGAUUAAGGCAGCAGCACUUUUUGAUAGCAUUAACCUCAUUUUUUAUAUAGCAGAUGUUAUGGGAGCAUUGGUGAACUUCAAUAAAAUUGUCAGAACACAU